UUCAUUUUAGAGGUAUUAAAUGUUUUCUUAUUGAAGUGUGAAUUAUAUCAUGUUAGUUCAGUAGGUAAAUUUCAAUUCCAACACUGACAUUUCUUAAAAAUUUUACAAAUUUAGAAAUGUCUGAAAUUAAUGUAAAUCCAGAUGUCAAUGAUGUGUUUAGUGAUUUAUUAAUGUCUGAAAAUUUAGCUGAAGAUCAAGCUUAUGAAAAAGGUUACGAAGUUGGAAAAAAUCAAAUGGUAGAUGGUUAUCAUUUAGGCUAUCACGGAGCUAGUUCAGCGGCUGCAGAAUUAGGAUAUUACUAUGGUGUAUUAAUAUUUAUAAGAAAAAAUUGUAAUAAUUCAAAAGUAAUCGAGUCGACAAAUAUUUUAAUGAAACGACUUGAAAAUUUUCCAACUGACAACGACGAAUCUGUUGACAUUGGUACAGAGCUUGAGACCAUUGGAUUGAAUUUUAAGAAAAUUUGUUCUUUAGCUAAAGUUGAUUCAAGGUACCCAGAAACUAAUAAAACAGAAUUUUAAAAAAUGGCAGUUAAU